GCACAUAUUGAAAUUGGAAAAAGAAAAAUAAUCGCAAAAAGAAAAAGAAAAACAAACACCCACCAAAAAUCAAUAUCCCCAACAUAUAAAGAAAGGACAAGCGUGAAAGCCACACUGAUAAAAUCUCUCCCUUUUCUUUCUUUCUGAUUUUGAGAACAGUCUUCCUAAGCCCCCCCCCCCUCUCUUCACACAGUUCACACACACAGAGAGAAAGAAAGAUAGGGCCAUGAAUACUGUGAGAAUGGGUUCCACUUUUCUUCUCUCUUUUGUAUAAUGAGCACAGAAUUGAAACCUCUUCUUCUCGGAAGAAGAUGGCCGUACAAGAACAUGAGCAUCAACAAACACAACAACAAAACAGAUCAUUCUUGUUAGAUGCUCUUUACUGUGAAGAAGAGCAAUGGGAGGAGGAGGAAGAAGAAGAGACAGAUCUAGAGAGAGAAAGUAGUAUCAAUAAUAGCAACAAUGGAACAAACCCAUCUCUUCUUCCUCUGCUCUUAUUGGAACAGGACCUGUUUUGGGAGGAUGAAGAGCUUCUCUCUCUCUUCUCCAAAGAACAACAAACCCGUCCCAACAUUGUUGAAACAGAGUACUCUUCUCUCUCCGUGGCUCGUACGCAGGCUGUCGAGUGGAUGCUCAAAGUCAAUGCCCAUUAUGGAUUCACAGCUCUCACUGCAAUUCUCGCCAUCAAUUACCUUGAUAGGUUCCUCUGCAGCCUCCAUUUUCAGAGAGAGAAGCCAUGGAUGAUCCAACUUGCAGCUGUGACUUGUAUCUCUCUGGCGGCAAAAGUAGAAGAGACCCAAGUGCCUCUUCUUCUGGACCUUCAAGUGGAGGACACAAAGUAUGUGUUUGAGGCCAAGACCAUCCAAAGAAUGGAGCUUUUGGUUCUGUCCACUCUUCAAUGGAGGAUGAACCCAGUGACCCCACUUUCUUUUCUUGAUCACAUCAUAAGGAGGCUUGGAUUGAAGACCCAUCUCCAUUGGGAGUUUCUCAAGCGAUGUGAGCGUCUCCUCCUCUCUGUUGUUGCUGAUUGUAGAUUCGUACGCUAUUUACCAUCUGUGUUGGCCACUGCAACAAUGCUUCAUGUCAUCCACCAAGUUGAGCCUUGUAAUCCCAUUGAAUACCAAAAUCAGCUUCUGGGUGUUCUCAAAAUCAGCAAGGAGAAAGUGAACGAUUGCUAUCAGCUCAUUGGGGACCUAUCAAACACUUGUGUCCAUGGCCAAACCAACCCUCACAAACGCAAGUAUCAACAAGUUCCAAACAGCCCAAAUGGUGUAAUCGAUGCAUACUUUAGCUCUGAUAGCUCAAACGAUUCAUGGGCUGUUGGUUCAUCAGUCUCUUCUUCACCACAGCCUCUGUUGAAGAAGAGCAGAGCUCAGGAGAUGUGUUUGCCAUCACUCAGCAGGGUGUUUGUGGAUGCUGUUGGCAGCCCUCGUUAAUCUCUCUCUUUCUCUCUGUCUCUCUCUCUCUCUCUCUCUAAAAACUCCAUCUUUGUUAUGAUUAUUGUAAUAUUUUUCUCUUAUAAGGCAAUUUAAAUUGUCACUAUCUCUGCAUUUGUCCACCCAUUUCCAAUAUAUAUAUGAAACGCAGAGUUGGUGGGUGCAGAGACGGUUGGCAUUUUAGACGAGAGGGAAAAAAAGGAGUAAAUACAGAGAAGCAAAUGAAUAUCUGCUGCUCUGCUUCUCUGUAUAUGUGAAAUUUCUCUCUCUCUCUCUCUCUCUCUUUCGAGCAUAUUUUAUAUGGACGUAUUUAUAUUAAUAUUGUCAUAAAUUCAUGAGAUUUAUGUUGAUAUUAAAUUAUUAAUUGUCUCA